AUUUUCUCUCUAUAGGUGCGCUAAGCAACUCUUACUUAAAUCCUAUUGCUACCUAGCAACUUCAUACAACAAACUCAGAAGGCAGGCUCCACACUUUACCUUAUUUCUGUGGGUUCUGUGUCAAUGAUAAAUAGCGGCAUUCGUUUGAGUGAGGGGCUGGUGAAUGAAGGGUUCACGGGCUGAGCUUUCUAAGAGUUGGAAACAACCCUCCCGAGGACCGAGCUGGAGGGACAAUACGCUGCGAGAUGACGAAGGUUUUAUAAAUUCACAAAUCGAAGCACCUCUUCGAGCAAUGUCCAGAUCGGUCAGCAACCGGAAAAAGAAAGUCACUUUUCGAGAACAGCCAACUUAUUGUGAAAAGAGUUGCAGAAGAGGCAAUAAUCGCCAUUCCAAUGCAAUUGGAUCAUACUUCCCUUUUCUGGUGAAACAUCUCAAGUUGUCUCCUUCUUUAUACCGGAGUUUGAACGAGAAGGGAAUCUUAACCACUGAUCAAAUAGGACUGAUUGAGCUAGAGGAUUUGGCAGAGCUUAAAAUGGCCAAACUUCUCGAGAUUGUUAGAAAUGCUGACGGCCACAUGUUCAAGUCAUUUUGCAGUGUUCUGGGUGAGAUGGGAUAUUGGUACCUUGCUCAGAUUCUUCAAACAGCCUCUGAAGAAAAGGAUUGCACUACUUCUACAGGUAGCUCCAAGAAGACACACAUGGAGAUGGAAAAUUGGAACUCCGUGAAACUCAGUAAUUCAAUGCGAGAGCCAGGACACACAUCUAGAAAUGAAAAACCAGCUUUGAAAGAAAUUUUGCUCCUUUCUCCACGAAUACACAGAAAUCUGAAGGAUGACAAUCUGGAAUUAAGUCAAAAGGUGGAGCACAUGAGGAAGGAAUAUUUGGUGAGAAUAAAAGGACUCGAAGAAGACUUGGCUUCUGUGAGUCGGGAAAGAGAUAUGACUGUGAGGGAACGUAAUAUCACCAUCCUAGAAAAUCAAGAACUACAAAAUCUUAACCAUGAACUCCAGGAACUGAUAAUAAAACUGGAAGAUUCUACACUUAGUAUGAAUUAUCCUGUCCAAUAUGUGAAUUUGUUACCAGUAAGGCAGAUGAUUGAUGGGCAUACAGACCAGCUGUUCACCUUUGAUCAACUUCAAAACAACAUUGAUUGAUGUAAUGAAGUUAAAUUGAGCACCUUUAUCUGUUGGACACCUCACUCUAUAUACCUGUGGAAUAAUCUAUGCAACUCAACGUGCAAAUUGGCAUUAGAGAAACUGCAACAAACUCAAAAGCCUCAGGUGAAAGAUUCAGAAGUACAAUAAGUUUAUCUCCCUUUUUACUGUUUUUUUCACUUUUAAAUCUAGAUCUAUAGCUAUAAUAGACCCUGCCAUUCAAAUUAGCCUGAAUAUAUUUUGUACUUCUUUCAAAUUAUUGUAUGGGAAACGGGUGGUGUUGGCAAAGCCAGCAUUUGAUGCCCACAACUAAUUCCUUGAGAAGGUGAUGGUGACCUACCUCCCAAAGCACCCCAGUCCUUUUGGUGUCAGUACACCCACAGUGCUGUUAAGAUAGAAGCUCUAGGAGUUUAACCCAGUGGAAAUUAAUAAAAGGCAGUACAAGCCUAAAUCAAAAAAAUGCUGUUCCAAAGAAGAGGCAUUCUGAAUUUGAAAUGUUCUGUUUCUCGCUCCACAGAUGCUACUAGACCUGCUGAGUUUCUUCAUCACUUUCUGCAUUCACGUCAGAUUUCCUGCAUCUGCAGUAUUAUUAUACUUCUAAAUCAGGAUGGUUUGUGGCUGAGGAGGAAAAUUUAGGUGAUCCUGUUCCCAUGUGUCAGUCACCUAUGUUUAUCCACCUGAUAAAGGGUGCAGGUUUGGAAGAUGCCAAUAAAGCUUUGGUGAGUUGCUGCAAUGAAUCUUGUAUCUGCUACCAGUGUGUACUAAUGGCAGAGGAAGUUAAUGUUUCAGUUGGCGGAUGGGGUAAUGAUAUAGCCGGGUAAUUUGUCUCGAAAGGUGUUGAACUUCUCAUGUUUUAUGGGAACUGCACUUAGUCGAGCAGGUAGGGUGUAUUCCUUCGUAUUUCUGACUUCAGCAUUGUAGAUGGUGGAUAAUCUUUAGGGAGUCAAGAGGUGAGUUAAUUGGUGACAGAAUUACUAACUUUGAACCUGUUGUGAUAUGCCUCUUUCAGUUCAGUUUCUGGUCAACGGUAACUCUCAGAAUAUUGAUAGUGUGGGAUGCUGGGAUGUUAAUAUCAUUAAAUAUCAAGGGGUGACUGUUAGAUUCUCUCUUGGAGAAAGUUGCUGACUGACACACGUGUAGCGUGACUGUUACUUGUCACUUAUCAAUGCAAGCCUGAACGAAAGCAGAGUCCUACAGCGACAGCAGAAGAGUGAGCACAGGCCGGGCUGAGUCAGAGAACAAUGGCAGCAGAACAGAUACAGGCAGGAGCCAGAGCAAGUCCAGAUGCAGGCCAGUGCAUGGAGGUGGUGUUGCCUCAUGUUCGGAAGCAGGUGGGCACAAACCCAUGUUGCAAAAGCACUAGAACCUCUAAAACCUAAUUAACUUUGUAAUCACUUUUUAUUAUCAUUCUGGACUUUUUAAAUUCUAUUCCUAUGCUUACCUUUUUAACUCUGUAACAAUACUUAAAGCAUCUGUACCUAAGAUGGCACCAAGAGGUGACAUUAUAGACUUUUCACUGCACUCAUUGAGUGCAUGUGAAAUUGAAGGCUAUUCUAAAAUUCUGACCUUUUCACAUAUUGCCAUUGGACUGCUGCUUCAGUUUGAGGAGUUGGCAAUGCUAAUGAACAUUGUGUAAUCAUCAGCAAGUAUUGCCCCAUAAUAAAUCAGUUGAAGAUGGUUGGACCUAGGACACCAUCCUGAGGAACCUUUGCCUCUGAUGACCACAACUUAUGUUAGAUGUUGUUAUAAGUUGAAUCCAUGCCAUUAAUUACCAUGUUGUAUGAGCUGUCUGGUAGAUUUGCUGUUACCAUCCACUUCCCUGGGAGGGAUAUAGAGGGUUUGUUUAGUCAGUCUGGUGUGAUAGAGGAACACAGCUUGGUAACGUAACAAGACACUUUUGUCUUAAACAAGAUGUAGUUUAUUGAGUGAUAACAGAUAAAUAGAAAAGUUACACAUGACAGACAUUGGGUAAGAGACUUCUUUGCCAACCUAAGCUGAUUUCCCUGAAGUUUGAGAGACAUUGUUAGGUUAUGUGUUGCUUAAGGUACUUGUUAGCAUUAACCCUUUCAGACAGGUGGUGGUAUAGUAGCAAUGCCACUAGUAAUCUACAGCCCUGUGUUACUGUUCACAGGUAAUGUUUGUAAAUCCUAAAAUGGCAGAUGUGACAUUUAAUUUCAAUAAAAAUUUGAAAUUAAAAAUUUAGUCUAAUGGUGAUCUUAUAACAAUGGUUGAUAAGUGUUUUUUUUUAAAACAAUAGAUUCCCUAAUACUCUUGAGGGGAAUGAAAUUUGUCAUCUUUACCUGGUCUGGCCUUCAAGUGAUCCACACUGAUGGACUCUUAACUAACCUCUGAAAUUACCUAGCAAUUCACUCAAUA